ACACACACACACACACACAGUGAACUUGAAAUCUUGAACAAAGAUCAAAGCUUUGAUGAUUGUUGAUAGAAAUCCUUAAUUAGAAUUUUUUCUUUUAUUGUAAAAAUUUGUUCUUGAUACACAUUUGUUCUUUGAUCUAUCUUGUAACUUGAGCUCCAUACUCAUAGGUCAAGAUUUCUUCAACAAGAGAAGAUGGUAUGCAUGAUUAGGUCCACCAUAGUGUGCUGAAAGAAAUUCCAUACAUAAACACUGGAGAGAUAAUAAUGGAAACCGGGCGAACACUGCAGAGGUUAUGUCGAGUACAAAUCCAGAGGCUGUUAAUUGUGGUCUUAAUCCUUGUGGUUGUUCUCAUAGUCCUAGCUCACCCAAUCACAUUUCCUUACAAAAACUACACAUCAACACUCUCACCUGUCACUCAGGGUAUUAUAGUCCAUGAAGUGGCUUUUUAUGAUAACGCCUCUAUUACACACGAGGAAGCUUUGAAUGAGUCAAAAGUAGAAGAAGGUUGCAAAGGGCAUGAUUGUGAUCAUGGAUCUUUACUCUCACAAAUUCCAACGAAGCAAAAUGAUCCUGGUCAAACUGGUCAGAUAGUUCCAGUUGCUCUAAAACCAACACGGCUUUCUUACAUGAUGUCGGUUCUUAAAUCAAGUGUUUCUAGUCGUUUCAGUAAAGCUAAGUCGUUAUCUGCUCGUGAUCGACAACUUCAGCAUGUAAGGAUGCAAAUCGAGAACGCGCCUGUGUUGAGGAGCACUGAAGACCUUCAUGCUUCUCUUUAUCACAAUGUUUCCAAGUUCUUAAGGAGCUACCAAUUGAUGGAAAAUACUCUUAAAGUUUACAUCUACAAGGAAGGAAAAAAGCCAAUAUUUCAUGAUGCGAAACUAAGGGGAAUAUAUGCUUCAGAAGGAUGGUUCAUGAAACUUCUGGAGAGAAAUAGAAACUACGUCGUGAAAGAUCCCAAAAAAGCGCAUCUAUUCUAUUUACCUUUCAGUUCACUAAAGCUAAGAAAUUUAUCGCAAGCACAAAAUCCUCGAAGCCAAAAAGAUUUAGAGCAGCAUUUAAAGAAUUACACCGUCUUAAUUGCUGGAAAAUAUCCUUUCUGGAACAGAACUAAUGGAGCUGAUCAUUUUCUUGUUGCUUGUCACGAUUGGGCAAUGAAGCUAACAAAAGAUCAUAUGGGAAAUUGCAUUAGAUCUCUUUGCAACUCAAAUCUUGCAGGAGGGUUCGAGAUAGGCAAAGACACAACUCUGCCCGCUACAUAUGUUCGUAGUGCAGAGGACCCCGUUAAAGAUCUUGGAGGGAACCCACCUUCCGAAAGACCAACACUUGCUUUUUUUGCAGGCGGAAUGCAUGGAAACCUCAGACCAAUUCUUCUUCAACACUGGCAGAAUAAAGACCCUGACAUGAAAAUAUUAGGGCCAAUGGCCCGUGAUAUUGAAAGUAAAGCUACAUACCGUAUGUAUAUGAAGAGUAGCAAAUACUGCAUUUGUGCUCGUGGAUAUGAAGUUUUCUCUCCACGAAUUGUGGAAUCAAUAUACUAUGAAUGUGUCCCGGUGAUCAUAUCUGAUAACUACGUCCCACCAUUUUUUGAAUUUUUGGACUGGGGAGCUUUUUCCGUAUUUGUAUUGGAGAAAGAUGUGGUCAAUUUGGGUGAUAUUCUUCGGUCCAUAUCUGAUGAAAAGUAUGUGGAAAUGCAGAAGAGAGUAAAGAUGGUGCAACAGCAUUUCAUCUGGCAUAAAAAGCCUGUAAAAUUUGACUUGUUCCAUAUAAUUCUUCAUUCUAUUUGGAACAAUAGAGUUUUUAGAGUUGGAGCUUAGUUUUGUAUCUAGUGUUGUAAUUUCUCUGUUUGGCAUAGCAUGAACUGUAUAUAUGUACAGCUUUUCAAUUUGAUAUUCGAAAUAAAAUUUGAAAAAUCAGGUUCAUAUUA